GAUGAGCUGCUGACUUUUCCUGCGCAGCGGUUCUUCCCCCCUCUUCACUAUCUUUCUGCUAGUUCGGUACUCCAGUCAACUCUAGGGUGUUAAACCUCGAAACAUACCCCGAAGAAACAUGCUGAGUAGACAUUAGACUGUCCAACAGAAGGAAAGCGGCAUUAUCACACCCGACAACAGAAAGCUUCUGCCAGUAGACCUUUAAGACCUUUGACAGUCCACCAUGUUGUCAAGGUUGAGGACAACCUGGUCCCUGAGGCCCUGCAUCUCUGUGUGGAGAAGGGCACACACCAAAGAAAAGGGCAAACCCCUGAUGCUUAAUCCUCACACCAACAAGGGUAUGGCAUUCACCCUACAGGAGCGACAGAUUCUGGGGAUUCAUGGUCUGUUGCCUCCCAAAGUGGAGACUCAGGACAUUCAGGCUAUGCGGUUUCAGAGGAAUCUUAAGAAGAUGACAGAUCCCCUGGAAAAGUACAUCUACCUGAUGGGCAUCCAAGAAAGGAAUGAGAGGCUUUUUUAUAGGGUGUUGAUGGAAGACAUAGAGGAAUUAAUGCCAAUUGUUUACACUCCCACUGUAGGACUGGCCUGCACAGAGUAUGGACACAUAUUUAGGAGGCCAAAGGGUUUGUUUAUCUCCAUUCUGGACAGAGGACAUAUCCGCUCCAUCCUGGACAACUGGCCAGAGACAAAUGUAGCAGCUGUCGUAGUAACUGAUGGAGAACGUAUUUUAGGCUUAGGGGACCUGGGUUGUUACGGAAUGGGCAUACCUGUUGGAAAACUAUGCCUGUACACCGCCUGUGCUGGCAUCAGACCUGAGAAAUGUCUGCCUGUGGUGAUAGACGUUGGCACAGACAAUGAGACUCUUCUUAAAGAUCCCUUGUACAUGGGCCUGUAUCAGAAACGGGAUCGCUCUCAAGCCUACGAUGAUCUGAUUGACGAGUUCAUGGAAGCUGUUGUGGACAGAUAUGGACAGGACACACUGAUUCAGUUUGAGGACUUUGGGAAUCACAAUGCGUUCCGCUUCCUUCGGAAGUACAGGGAAAAAUACUGCACCUUCAACGAUGAUAUCCAAGGUACUGCAUCUGUAGCACUCGCUGGUCUGUUAGCAGCUCAGAGGGCCAUUGGCAAACCCCUCACUGAACACCACAUUCUCUUCCUGGGAGCCGGAGAGGCUGCUCUUGGUAUUGCCAAUCUGAUUGUGAUGGCCAUGAUGGAGUUGGGGAUGACCCAAUCAGGGGCCAGAGAAAAGAUCUGGAUGUAUGACGCACAUGGUUUACUCGUAAAGGAUAGAGCACAGAAAACAGAUGCCAACCAGGAGGCCUUUGUUCAUGACAGUCCAAGGGAUGUAAAGACCUUCCUAGAUGCUGUUAACAGUAUCAAACCCACUGCUAUCAUUGGUGUGGCAGGAGCCGGACGUCUCUUUACCCACGAUGUAAUUAAAGCCAUGGGAAUUCUGAAUGAGCGACCGAUUAUCUUUGCCUUGAGUAACCCAACAAAUAAAGCCGAGUGCACAGCAGAGGACGCCUACACACUAACAGAUGGUAGAUGUCUGUUUGCUAGUGGCAGCCCAUUUGGUCCGGUUACACUGAGUGAUGGACGUGUGUUUACUCCAGGACAAGGGAACAAUGCUUACAUCUUCCCAGGUGUGGCUCUGGCUGUGAUCCUGAGUGGAGUGAGACACAUUAGUGAUACUGUAUUCUUGGAAGCUGCGAAGACGCUGGCUGAGCAGCUGACAGAUAAAGAGCUUGAAGAGGGCAGACUCUAUCCUCCACUCUCCAACAUCAGAGAAGUUUCUGUUCAGAUGGCUGUCAAGGUGGUGGAGUAUGUCUAUGCCAAAGGCAUGGCGUUCCGUUACCCUGAGCCUCUGGACAAGAAUGGCUUUGUACGUGCCACUGCGUGGAACACAGACUACGACUCCUUCUUGCCGGAUACCUAUGACUGGCCUGGUGUCCGCUUCAGUCCUAAAAUCAACUAGAAAUAAAAGCACAUGUGGCAAGUUACAAAAUGGA